CAGUUUAACCCAUCGUGGAGUUGACACCAUGAGAAUCUUCAGACCCUUGCUACAGGCCGCAAAACUUAAGGAGACGACAGGCCUUUACGGCGUCCCCGUCCAUCCCAACCCACGCCCGCACCUCAUCUCCUUGUACCAACGCAUUAUUCAUACUGCUGAGCGACUCCCCGCUGCCUCCGCUUACCGUCAGAGUGCCGAGGCUCUCGCAAAGCACCGAUUGGCUGUUGUUGAGAAACAUGAGGACGUUUCGGCUAUUGAGCAGGAAAUCCAGGCAGGCCAAAUUGAAGAGCUCAUAGAGCAAGCGGAGGAUGAGCUAAAGCUUAUACCCAAAAUGAUGGAUUUGAAGCCCUGGGAACCUUUGGAGGAGCCAGCACCUGCAGGCCAAUGGGAAUACUUUGGCAAGGGGAGAACAGCGUAGAUAGUUUUACACACAUAAAGACCCGAUAUCGAUAUAUUGUUUGAUGCUUUAUCCUUCCGCUUCCUAUUCUCUUGUUGCCCAAAUGCGAGCUUUCUCUCGACAGCUAUAUUUAUUAAUCCAGCAGAAUUCUUAACUGCGUUUGCGACGGUGCUUUGUAAACCUGAAUAUUGAUAUGGUCAGGUCAUCAACCUUUUUUG